AUGCUUUAUUUAGCUUUAGCAGCAUUAGAACCAGUUAAUGUCAAUUGUCAAUCUAUAAAUCGAUGGCUAAUCGAUAUAAAUAUAAUACUUCGAUAUCUUGUACAAAAUUUAACUGAAGAUGCUAUAUUAACACGAUGGAAUGAGAUUUUAUCGUCAGCUAACGGAACACGAGAUGAAACAACUUUUCUUCGAAUUUUAACUAAUACUCGGCAAUUAUAUGAUCAAAUCGAUAUGACAUUAGUUUCUCUUGCAUCUGAUUAUCUUUAUAUACUUAUGCAUAUUAUGGAAAAUGGUAAUGAAUCAAAAUAA